AUGUGCACACCAUCAAUUCGCAUCGUCAGAGCCGGCGCCAGGCCCUCUACGCUGAAACCUCCCUCAUGCCGCCACCGAGCUCGCUGCUUCCACGACUACUUCGUCACCCAUCUCCCCUCGUCGUCGCUGCAUCCUGACCAGCUCUCCUCCGCCGGCCCGGGCCACAAGCUUCCCCGCGACAAGUCAACCCCCCACACCCAAGGCGACGACAGCAGGCUGCCUGCCGCUGCUCCGCCCUUCAAAGGCGCCCGCGAGACCACCGUUGUGCGCAUCCCUCUGCGCAGCGCAAAGCACCACUUCGGCGUCUCCGUGUCGCGCGGCCAGCGUCCCUACAACGAAGAUGCCUUCCAGGCCGGCACCAUCGAGAUCCCAGCCUUCGCAAAGAGGCAGCCCAUUUCGUUGACCCGCAGCAAAAGGAAGCUGUCCGAGAACACAUCGGCAGACAGCGCCAGCGGGGACCCGCAGGUCUUCUAUUUCGGCAUCUUUGAUGGCCAUGGUGGCAACGAGUGCAGCGACUUCUUGCGGGAGCGCCUGCACGAGUACCUGGAGGACAGCACCCGGCUGUUCGAACUCAAGAGCAGCCUCCCCCAAAAAACCAGCCUUAGCGACCCCGACACCUCAGAAGGCACUCCGCCCACCAGCCGCGAGAGCCUCGAAGCCAUCGACACCCACACGCCUCCAGGCACCGAGCCCGCGAGAAUACCAGACACCGCGAGCGGGGAGGCACCGCCGAGCGGGAGAAGUGACACAACCCCGCCCCCAGACGGAGCCAAACCGGUGAAGCAGUCAGAGAACGUACCAAAGGCACUGCAACUCGAGCGGGAGAUUGUCGUUUCAUGGCGCGAGCUUGUUGGUGGCUACUUCAAGCGCUUCAAGCCCGACUUCUUCUCCACAUCAGCCGGCGGCAAGGGCCAUACACUGGAAAGAGAAGUGGUCCAGCACCGCCAAUUGCAACACACAAACAUCUCGGAUGAUGUCAGCGAAGGAGUCGGCAUCGAAACGGUGCUGACCUACGCCUUUCUGAAAGCCGACUUCGAUUUCGUUUCGGCACAGGUCAACAAAGCCGACGAGGACCUCGUGGAAGCAGACCGCGCAAUCAACGACGAAGACAUCCUGGAACGCCCAUCUCAUGCUGGCAAGAGGAUCGGCGGACCGAAGCGUUUCAAGGGAGGCAGCACGUGCAGCAUUGCUCUGAUCUCUACCCCAACGCCAGCACCCUAUUGGACCCCCGGCUCUGCAUCCACCAUAGUCACGGCGCACGUAGGAGACACGCGCAUCAUCCUCUGCAAUACGGCGACGGGCCAGCCAAUCCCAUUGACGUCCAACCACCACCCAUCGCUGCCGUCAGAAGAACAACGGCUGCGAAGAUACGCGGCAGCGUUCGCAACGGACUCAUUUGGAGAAGAGCGCAUCUUUGGCCUCGCCAAUACGCGCGCCUUUGGCGACAUGCACUCGAAGCGCGUGGGCGUCUCUGCCGAGCCAGAGAUCCGGCGGAUCGAGCUUGCGCCGGCAGAGUACUCGUUCAUGGUCAUGGUCUCGGACGGCGUGUCCGGCACGCUCAGCGACCAGGAGAUCGUGGACAUCGUGAAGGAUGCGCGGACGCCGGAGCAGGGGGCGCGCGAUGUAGUCAGCUUCGCAACCGAAGUGUCGCGCGAUGGCGAUAACGCAACGGCUCUCGUGGUGCGCCUCGGGGGAUGGGAACGGCGAAGUGAGGGAGGGCUUGGCAGUCUCGGCACCAAAGAGCUGCGCGACUGGAGAAGGAAGGAAGCGGAGGAUCCACGCAGCGGACGCAGGUAA